AUGGGAAAGGAUCGUGGAAUAAAGGCUUACCGAAAGGAAAUGUACCAAAAUACACACACCGCAAAGGAGAGACGUGUCAACAGACGCGACACUGAGGAGAGACGUGUUAACAGACGCGACACUGAGGAGAGACGUGUCAACAUACGCGACACUGAGGAGAGACGUGUUAACAGACGCGACUCUGAGGAGAGACGUGUCAAUAGACGCGACUCUGAGGACAGACGUGUCAACAGACGCGACUCUGAUGAGAGACGUGUCAACAGACGCGAUGCUGAGGAGAGACGUGUCAACAGACGUGACACUGAGGAGAGACGUGUCAACAGACGCAAGACUGAGGAGAGACGUGUCAACAGACGCGACACUGAGGAGAGACGUGUCAAUAGACGCGACACUGAGGAGAGACGUGUCAAUAGACGCGACACUGAGGAGAGACGUGUCAACAGACGCGACACUGAGGAGAGACGCGUCAAUAGACGCGACACUGAGGAGAGACGUGUCAACAGACGCAAGACUGAGGAGAGACGUGUCAACAGACGCAAGACUGAGGAGAGACGUGUCAACAGACGUGACACUGAGGAGAGACGUGUCCCGUUUUGUCCGUAUAAAAGUGAUAUUGCUGCCCUAUCAGUACGAUUCUGCGAUGCUGUUGUUGCUCAUCUCUUGCAAGAGUAUGGAUUCACGCCUCGUCUGUUCGCUUAA